CGGAAACGUGCACGUGCACGUUGCCAGCAUACGUCAUGGCGGCUAGACGCCUCAUCGGUGCUACCCGGAGCUGGGCCGGCUGGCGGGCCUGGGAGCUUCCGGACCCCGCGGGUUUUGUAAGACUACAUGUACGCGAUUAUGCCAAGAGACCGGUUUUUAAGGGGGGCAAAGGCGGCAAAGGUGCUGCGGUGGGAGAGACCCUGAAGGACCCCGAGGUGUGUACAGACCCAGUCCAGCUCACCACGCACGCCAUGGGUGUCAACAUCUACAAGGAGGGCCAGGAUGUGGUCCUGAAGCCGGAUUCUGAGUACCCUGAGUGGCUGUUCCAGAUGAACGUGGGCCCCCCCAAGAAGCUGGAGGAGCUGGACCCGGAGACCCGGGAGUACUGGCGGCUGCUCCGGAAACACAACAUCUGGCGCCACAACCGGCUGAGCAAGAACCAGAAGUUCUAGUGGGGGAGGGCCAGAGCUCUCUAAAAGGACCCUGACCCUCCAAGGACCUGGAGGAGACAGGACAGACGGGGGCUGACGGGGAGUUGGUACCUCCCCCAGCCUGCCCCCAGGACUUUUUAUAUUCUGGAGAAACAGACGUCUCUGAGAACGAAGAGAAUUGCCCCCACAGUGAGACUGAAUCAGGGGCCUGGGGGCCAAUAAAGCCUUCUGGGGGCAGUUGUCAGCAGGUCCCGGAAGCCGCUGAGUGUCCUGUGAUAUUGGGGUCAGGAGGGACUUGGGACAGGCAUUGGAGAGGUGGGCACCUCAGACCCAGUGGUUCCAUGGCCCAGCCUCCACCCUCAGUGAUUGCUGGGCACCUGCAGGUCCAUGUUCACCUCCCAGCCUCGUUGAGCUUCUCACCCUGAUUCCUGGAAUUCCUAGCAUUGCCCAAGAGGCCCCAACCUCUGUCCUCGAGGGGCAGAUUUUUUGAGCCAAGCUUCCCUGGAUUGCAGUGGACUUGGACUUAUACCCGAGGCACAUCAUCCAGAGCAGAAGAGAGUCUUCGUGAGCUUCAGGAAUGGAAAUGUCCAGGGCUAGGCAUGGCUGGAUCCAGGUGCUUCAGUAUUCAGCUAUGAGGUGCUCUCCAUCUCUGGGUCCUUUAAACUCCAGUGGGUAGGUCCUUUUAUCCCUUGGGUAGGGGUGGCUCCAGAACUUCUGACUGACAUCCCAUACCCAGUUCAGCAAACCCAGCUAGAGGGAAGGGACUUCUUUUUCCUUUCUGCCAGGGUCACAGGGGUUAUCUUUGUUGGCCAGCCUACCCACCAUCCUGUCCACCCCCACUGGUCCCCACCAGCUUAGAGGAGGCUGAAGGACACACACGGUGCCAGGGCCCACUCCCAGUGGUACAGCCAUGCCCUCUGGCAUACACUGCUUAGGGGGCUGGACCAGGGCUCUCUCACCCUCCAAUCUCCUCCGGAGCUGGGCGGGUGAGGCGGGACAGGAUCUCUGAGGCUAAUUCUGUCUGGUCCCAGGGAAACAGCCUUCAUCCUCUUAGGAGGACUCUGCCAAGCGGAUUACCGCUCACCUGCCCUCCUGCAGCCCGUGCUGGGCGGGCGCAUCAUCCCAACCCUCCUGCGCGGGUCCCCACAGCUCUCAGAGUGAAAACUGAAGUUGUAAUGGCCACAGGCUUCCUGGCUGCUCCUCCAACUCUGCAGUCGUGGUGCCCCCCGGGCCCUCUGCCCGGGUCUCUCCCCGGCCCCACCGCGUCCUCAGGGCUCCCUCUUUACCUCCAGACCUUGACUCUGAUGGUGCCGACCACCCUAUUAAACUGCAGCUCUGCCACA